AAACGUAGUUACAGCUGCUCGCUGGCUGGUUGGCUGCUGUCAAGUUUUACGCAGUCUGUUUCUGCAAAUUUCCUUGCUCUCAGUGUUUUCGGCUUGUAUUUAUUUGAAUAGUAUUAUCUAAUAUAAUAUUUUAAUUCAUUUGGAAAAUCAAAAACGUUGUUUCGAUCGAAAUAAGAUGGCAGACGACGAUCUUUUGCCUACAGAAUAUGAUGUGAUUGUAGUGGGAACAGGGAUGGCUGAAUCCAUAGUGGCAGCUGCCGUAAGUAGGAUUGGCAAAAAGGUGCUCCAUAUGGAUGGCAACGAGUACUACGGUGGAAUGUGGGCUGCAUUCAACUUUGACGGUAUGCAGAAGUGGAUUGCCGAGUGCAAAAAGGAGGAUGUGGAGGAAGCAGCCCCUCUGCCUCCUCCUGACAUCCAGUUGCAGGAGGGAGAAAGCAUUGUGCCGGUCGGCAACCAGAUCAAAACUGUUCUCAACAUAGCCGAGAAGUGGUAUAUUGCUGAGGAGCUGGGCGAACGACAGCUGAAGGACACCAAAGACAUGCAGACGGGGACGAGUGAGAGUGGUGGUGGGGAGAGUGGUGUUGAGGGGGAAGGGCCGAAGGACGGGGGAAGCGAGGGGGGAAAGGCGGCGUCCGAGUCCAAGCACUGGAGUCAGAACAAGUUGAAGUCGUCCUAUCGCAAGUUCAACCUCGAUUUGGCGCCCAAGCUGCUAUUUGCGAGAGGCUCGCUGGUUGAACUGCUGAUUUCGUCGAACAUCGCCCGCUACGCGGAGUUCCGCAGCGUGACCCGAGUGCUGACCUACCUGGGUGACCGUCUGGAGCCAGUGCCCUGUUCGCGUGCCGACGUGUUCAACACCAAGAACGUGUCCGUCGUCGAGAAGCGCAUGCUCAUGAAGCUGCUCACGCUCUGCGUGGAGAAUCCGCCUGAUACUAACACCGAGUUUCAAGACUUCCAAGACAAACCGUUCGUGGAAUACUUGAAGUCGAAGAAGUUGACACCCAACCUGAUCCACUACGUGUUGUACGCUAUUGCCAUGUCGUCGGAGCAGACUCCCUGCAUGGAGGGUGUCGAGCGCACGCAGCGAUUCCUCAACAGUUUGGGCCGUUACGGCAACACACCGUUCCUGUGGCCGAUGUACGGCAGUGGCGAAUUGCCGCAGUGCUUCUGCCGACUGUGUGCCGUGUUCGGCGGAGUCUACUACCUGAAGCGGGCCACACACGGGGUGAUAGUGGCGGCCAGUGAUGGCGGCAAGUGUACUGGCAUCGUUAGCAGCCAGCAGCGGCUCAGCACCCAGCAUCUGGUGAUGGGCUUGACCAGUGCACCCAAGCAGUUUCUCAAGGCGGCGCCCACCCAGGGGCUGUCCAGGGGCAUUUUCUUGAUUGACAGAUCGAUUCUGCCAGCCGAGAAAGAGACGCUGACCCUUCUGCAGUUCCCGCCAUGCGAGGGAUCACCUGAGCCAAUCACUGUGGUCGAGGUUGGCCCAUCAACUAAUGCCUGUCCUCAAGGCCUCUUUGUGGUGCACAUGACAUGCAAACAGCAGAAGAGUGCCGAGGAGGAUUUGGCGGUGGCCGUUUCGAAGCUGUUCCACUUGGAGUACUGCGACGGCACAGUCGACCGCAUCGACACUGACACCCAGGCCACGCAGACUGCCAAGACUGAACCGUGUGAAGGUAGCGAGGAGGCGGAUGGUGCUUCACAGGACACAGCCCGCCACAAGCCACAACUGUUGUGGUCGCUCUACUUCAACUGCCCGGAGACCAACAGCUGCCAGCUGUCUGCUGAUGUGCCCGCCAACGUGCAUCUCUGCUGCUCGGGGCCCGACCUCGACCUCGACUUUGAGUAUGCCGUCAAACAGGCGAAGGAAAUCUUCACGAAAAUGUACCCGGACAGCGAAUUCCUUCCGCGCGCUCCUGAUCCAGAAGAAAUAGUUCUGGAGGACGACGAAGCUCCGGGUCCAGCCUUCAAGGCCGAAUCUGAAGACAUCAAUGAAGAAAACAAGUAGAUUUCGCAACAUUUUCACGCAAACAAAUUCAACUACAAGCUUCAAUCGUGACACUUUACAAUUUACACUUUUUGUGAUGUUUGAGUAUUUAUUAUUAUUACUUUUAGUAUAUAAUUUAUUAUAUUUAUUAAGUCUAUUCCACUGACACCUAUAGAUAAGAAGCAAGGAAUAUAGACAUAACUUACAACCUUGUUUAAGAGACUUGAGGUUUAAAUAAUGGGCACGGUCUGGGAACACUAAAAAGUGGUAAAUUGUUCAAUCACGUGACUGGUGCAAAAUGUUCACAUGGAACGCCAUUUCAAAAUAUUUGGCUCAAGCUUUUGGCGCGCACUUAUGAAGUUGAUUUACACCAAAAUGUGUCAUUUACUAGCUUCCUAAAUGAACAAAGAAAGGCUGCUUUACAAACUUACCGUCUAGAAAAGUGUAUAUUUCUCACUCCAUUACUCUCAAAUUUUCUAUAGAGAAAAAUUCAUUUAACGAUUGGUUAUCAAACAUCAUUUUGUUGGUUAUGUAUUCAUUCUAUGGCUAUGCUGAAAAACUGGUAAAUUGUUCUACUUCCAGUGGUAAAUUAUCCAAUCACAUGACCAGUGCAAAAUGUUCCCAUGGAACGCCAUUUCAAAAUCUUUGGUUCAAGCUUUUGGCGCGAACUUAUAAAGUUGAUUUACACCAAAAUGUGUCGUUUACUAGCUGCGUAAAUGAACAACGGCUGCUUUACAAACUUACCGUCUAGAAAAGUGUGUAUUUCUUUCACUCCAUUACUCUCAAAUUAAUUGUGUAUUUCCUUCACUUCAUUACUCUCAAAUUUUCUAGAGAGAAAAGUUAAUUUAACGAUUGGUUAUCAAACAUCAUUUUGUUGGUUAUGUAUUCUAUGGCAAUGCUAAACAAACAAGCUAUCAGCGCAUGCGCAGAGAAGCAAGCAGACUACAAUUCAAUCGACCAAUAAGAGCUCUUCAAAUUUGAACUGUCACAAUUUACCAGGCUUCGACUGUGGGGCAGGCAUUUGUUACUGGAACUAUAUUGAGGUCCACGUUUUAAUGACAGUAUUUGUUCAACUUUGGUUUUGCUAUCCUAGUCUAUCAUUCGACAAAGCCAGUGGUACUAUCCUUUUCUAGGUCCACAACGAUGCCAAUUAUGUUUUUGACAGUGUAGAAAUAUAAUUAAUUAAUGCAGAGAAUCGGCAUCGCUAUUCUCCUAUCUUUAUCCACUGCCAUUAUAACGUGGACCUCACUAUAGUUUCUGGUACAGAAUCUGUCAAAAUUCUUCCCAUGGGACGCGGAACUUUUUACCGGGUGAAUUGUGGAUCGGGCAAUCUACCACAUUUCAUGUUCCCAGAACGGGCCCAUUUUGAGCUUGAAAAAUUGGUCAGUUUAAAGGGGCGUACACGUUAGUCAAGUUUCAUUGUAUUCAACUGUUCCUUGAACUUGAGGUUUACACAUUUUGUGCUUGAAAAAUUUGUUCAGUUUUCAAUUACUCCUUCUAAGGGGCGGCUAUUUUAGUCAAGUUUUCUUGACAUUUGAGUAAAAUGAAUACUUUUGGGACACACAUUAAGCUUCGGUUGACGUGUGAGGUUCUUCGAGCCUUUGGAUCUUUGAAUCCGUCCCUUCAAAACAUAAACAUAAAAUGAAUAAGUUUUGCAAAUUUGGAGUCAAGUUUACAAGAUCAGAAACGUGGAUUCACUAUACCAAUGUAGACCCUUUUUCAAGUUUUGAUGAUUGAAGUAGAUUUUUAUUAAUCUGGAUUCAAUCAUUUAACAUAACGAUACAACUUCUAGAAAAGUACCACAGGCUUAAAACAAUUUCAAUUCUAAUUUAUACGACAGUCCAAAUUUAGCUAGGUUAUGUGUUACUCUCAUGUUUUUGAAUUGUGCUUCAUUUUUAUCUCAUAUACUUGAAACUCCUUUAUUUACACUCCAUUCAUUCCUAAAAGGUAAUGGAGCUUCAUAUAAAAGAGAAUAAGGCUUAGACACACCGAUUAGUCAAGACAAGACUAGUCACGUUUAGUCACAAUACUUCACAUUGCUGUUUAUGACGCAACACACACUGAUUAGUCAUUGCAAUUAGACAUGACUCCAUAAGCAACUAUGUGAAGUAUUGUGUCUAAACGUGACUAGUCUUGUCUUGACUAAUCGUUGUGUGACCAGCCUAACUCUAUCAGAUCACUGUCAAAUCCUGAGUAGACUUUUGACUUUUGGAUUCAACUGAAUCUUGAAGAUACAAUAAAAUCCAACCUACAAAUGGGUAAGUGAGUUGGAAAACUUGAAUUCAAGUAACUUGACUAAUGUAAACGCAGCUUUAAAUUAACAUACUUUUUAGGAGUAAGUUUGUGAAUUUCCUUCAAGCAGGCUCCGUUAUUCGUAAUGACAAAAUUUAUGUGAUAGAGUGACUUAUUGUGUAACAAUAUAAGUGAAUAUUUAUAAGUAAAUGUAUGGCUAUGAUAAGUGAUUAAUAUUUAUAGAAUUUAUAAUAACACUGGAUUAUCUCCAGUGUGUUUAAAAAUGAGAAUUCCAAUGAAAAAACCUACUUAAAAAAUCUUUCCACUAAAUUCACAAAUUUCACACAUGUAAGGUCUCUUCCAUGUGACUUCUUACAUUUUAUCAAUCAAAUCGCUUUUUGUGCAGAAUUUUCAUUGUAAAUUUCCUAUUGGAAUAGUUUCUACCAUGUGAGAUUACAUGUAUCUGAGAAACAUGAAAAAUAAAUUAAAUUUGUAAUGCUUUUCUCCACGUUUGGUCAUUCUGUUAAGUGGUUAUUAAAUAUUAACUGAGAUUAAAACCCUCAGAUGAAUUUGAUACUACUCAGUUGCUUGCUGACUGACAUAUCAGACCCCACCUUAUCAAAUGAGUCUUUCGUAUUCCACUUUAAUCAUGUCAUUUAUUGAAGUUUAUUCCAAUGUAUCACAUGAAAACUUUGUAGUUUUUUCAGUUCAUCGCAUGAUAAUUUUGUGAGACCAGACUUCCUUGUUCAUGACAUUAGAAGUCUCGAUCUUUUUCUAUAUUUAUUGAUGAUUGUUCCUCAGCUUAUAUUUACCAAAGCUUUUGUCGUUUUUAUUAGUGUGUAAGUUUUAGAUAUUUUUAUAUGUAAUAAACCGAACAAGAUUAUUUAAUCUCCACACGUAUAUUCUUUGUGUCAGUAUAUUGAAAUACAAUUAUUUAGUUUUCAAAACACAUUGUAACUCAUAUAUAGUUUAUUCACAUAGUAUAACUAAUCUAGUAAAUAAUUUUUCCUGGUUGAACUCUUCCUAAAUCAUUGUCAUAACUUCUUCAAAAAAUAAUUCUUAAAUUGAUCACACAAAUACGAAUUAAUGUUUUAGAAUAUAGUUCAUUUCCCAUCAUACCGGUAUAUCAACUCUCUUCAUAAUGUCCUGUCUAUAAAUUGAAUGGACUUCCUUUCUAAAUAGCAAGUUAAACUUGAGACAUUCCUGUUCUUUUCUCUAUUGUUCUAAUCUUCAACAAAUUCAUUCUCACUUUUAUUUGUUUUCAGGUCAUCUCUUCUAUUCUAGUCCUAAUUCGUCAUAUAUAAUAAUGAGAUUGUCAAGCAACAUCAUACAGAAGUAUAUCUUCUACUAAAUAUAUUGUAGUCAACUGUAGACAAAACUUGUGAGAAAUAUUAUUACUUUGUUAACUGAUAUUUUCAUCAUUUGAAGCUUAGCAAUGCGACUUUUAAUUUUUAUAAAGUGCUCUUAAAUUACUUAAGUUGAUUGUAGAAUAAUGAUUUUAAAAGUAUGUACGGUAAUGAAAUAAUGAUGGAUUAAAAUAAUGUUACUUGUAUGGGUGAUAAUGUGCUUUGCAGAAAACAAUGCUUGGUCUAUAUAGGUUUUUGUAUUUCAAACAUUUUGUUCUCUUUUAGAGAAUAGAGAAACAAUGCUAUGUGAGGAUAUCAAUUUUUUGAAUAGAAGAAUUAUACUGAUAUAUGUAUUAAAACAGUUUAUUAUGAAAUAAAAUUGAUACAAUUGAAAAGUU